GUACCUACCUACUUGAACAGUGGCAAUCGGCAAAAUAAAAAAUAAAAAAUUUCGUCAGUAAACUGCUAGUUGAUUACAGACUGUCUUCUAAUUAAUAACAACAUAAUAUUUAUUUUAAGGAAAUAAAACACAUAACAUAAUGUUGUGACAAUAAUUAAAAUCAAAAUAUUAUAAAAUAAACAAAUUUCUGAAACCAUGUCUUCACCAAAGGAAACUAUAAUAAGGAUAGAAGAUCCUAAAAAUGGGGGUCAAAAAUCAGAAGUGAACAUUCUUUGCUUCGACAUAACUAAAUACAGUAUUGUAGUACAGUUUUCGUUAAGUUGCUUCUUUGUGUUUACUUUUUACCUAGCAUAUGGAUACUUUUUGGAAUUAAUAUUUGCAAAACCAGAAGUGAAACCUGUGAGCCUUUAUAUAACUUUCGUGCAAUUUUUAAUUACUAUGGCUCUCAGUUAUGUGGAAGCUUCUAUAAGAAAUCCAAUUAAAAGGAAGGUUCCAAUAAGAACAUAUGCAAUUCUUGCUGCACUCACUUUGGGCACAAUGUCAUUAUCCAAUUUAGCACUGAGCUAUCUAAACUACCCAACUCAGUUGAUAUUUAAAAGCUGCAAGUUAAUACCAGUGAUGAUCGGCAGCAUUAUUAUAUUGGGAAAAAGAUACGGUUUCAUAGAUUAUGUUGCCGCUAUUGUUAUGUGUGUUGGAUUGACUAUGUUUACUUUGGCUGAUUCAAAAACAUCACCAAACUUUGACAUAAUCGGUGUGAUUGUGAUAUCGCUAGCAUUAUUGUGUGAUGCGAUCAUUGGUAAUGUACAAGAGAAAGCAAUGAAACAGUUUCAAGCUACAAAUAAUGAAGUGGUGUUCUACUCAUAUGCGAUAGCCAGCUUGUAUUUAUUUGUAAUAACUGGAGUUAGUGGCAUUUUGAGGGAUGGUUUUGUGUACUGCUCAGAGGAACCUACAACAAUGUAUUCAAAUAUUUUCUUCCUAAGCGUGUGUGGGUACAUGGGUCUACAAGCAGUUUUAACACUUGUAAGGAUAUGUGGUGCCACCGUAGCAGUCACUGUCACUACUAUGAGGAAGGCACUGUCUAUUGUUAUAUCAUUCUUGCUGUUUAGCAAGCCGUUCGUUUUUCAGUAUGCCUGGUCCGGUAUGCUGGUUGUAUUGGCGAUAUAUUUAAACCAUUAUAGCAAAAAACAUCCCAAUUACGUUCCUAGGCCUUUUGUCAAAUGUUGGCAAUACAUGCAAUCAUUUUACCAGUCUGAAUACAGAUAUCUUAGGAUUAAGAGCAAAAUGUACACAGAUACUGUGUAGAUUAAAUUGUAGAUAAUAUAGUGAGAAUUUAUUUAUAUAAUAUAAAUGAAAUAUAAAUUUAUAGGUCAGUCAUUUAUGUUAUGUAAGCUCAAAUUAACAUUUGUGUAUUCAAUUUUAUGAAUAGACAUUUUAUUGUUUUUACUUCAGUUGCUGAAAUGAGAUGAAUUAAUGUUUUGUACUUGUGUGUAUUAUUUUUAAAGGAAAUUGUAUUAUUUUAGUGAUAUUAUGUAAAUAAAAAUACAUUUUAUAUAUCAAU